AUGGCCAUGGGCACCUUGGGGAAGGCGAGAGAAACUCCGCGGAAGCCUCCCCAUGGCUGCAAUGCUACCCCAAAAGCAAGACUAGAGGUGAAGCCAAGCAACCCUCUUCCCUCUCAUCUCAACUUGGCCCAGAUAGCUCAGUUCCGAAUGAUGAUGUCUCUGGGACACUUCGGCAAGGGAGCCAGCCUGGACGAUAUCAUUGAGACGUGCAUCCAAUCUUUUGAUACAGAUGGAAAUCUAUGUCGGAGUAACCAGCUGCUACAAGUGAUGCUAACCAUGCACCGUCUCCUCAUCUCCUCUACCGACCUGCUCCAAAAGCUCAUUGCGCUAUAUAAGGAUGCUUUGGCCAAACAUUCACCCAGCCUUUGUCUGAAGAUCUGCUAUUUUGUAAGAUACUGGAUAACGGAAUUCUGGGUCAUGUUUAAAUUGGACACCAGCUUGACAAACACUAUGGAGGAGUUUCAGGAAUUGGUGAAAGCUAACGGUGAGGAGUUACACUGCCGCCUAAUUGAUACAACUCAAAUUAAUGCUCGAGACUGGUCUCGGAAGCUUACUCAAAGGAUAAAGCCCAACACCAGUAAGAAACGGAAAGUCUCCCUUCUAUUUGACCAUCUGGAGCCAGGAGAGCUGUCGGAGCACCUUACUUACCUUGAAUUCAAAUCCUUCCGAAGGAUAUCGUUCUCCGAUUAUCAAAAUUACAUCGUGAAUAGUUGUGUGAAGGAGAAUCCCACCAUGGAACGGUCCAUCGCCUUAUGCAAUGGCAUCUCCCAGUGGGUGCAGCUGAUGGUGCUCAGCCGCCCCACCCCUCAGCUCCGGGCUGAAGUCUUCAUCAAGUUCAUAAAGGUGGCUCAGAAACUCCAUCAGCUGCAGAACUUUAACACCUUGAUGGCCGUGAUCGGAGGACUGUGUCACAGUUCCAUCUCCAGACUGAAGGAGACAAGUUCCUAUGUUCCCCAUGAGAUCAACAAGGUACUCAAUGAAAUGACCGAGCUACUGUCCUCCUGUAGAAAUUACGACAACUACCGACGAGCCUACGGGGAGUGCACCCACUUCAAGAUUCCCAUCCUAGGUGUACACCUCAAGGACCUCAUCUCCCUGCAUGAGGCCAUGCCCGACUACCUGGAAGACAGGAAGGUGAAUUUCCACAAGCUGCUGGCCCUCUACAACCACAUCAACGAGCUGGUCCAACUGCAGGAGGUGGCACCGCCCCUGGAGGCCAAUAAGGACUUGGUGCACUUGCUGACGUUAUCCCUGGAUCUCUACUAUACUGAAGAUGAAAUCUAUGAGCUUUCAUAUGCCCGAGAACCAAGAAAUCACAGAGCCCCACCUCUGACGCCUUCAAAGCCUCCAGUUGUCGUAGACUGGGCAUCAGGGAUAUCUCCCAAACCUGAUCCAAAGACCAUCAGCAAACACGUACAGAGGAUGGUGGAUUCUGUUUUCAAGAACUAUGAUCAUGAUCAAGACGGAUAUAUUUCUCAGGAAGAGUUUGAAAAGAUUGCUGCCAGCUUCCCCUUUUCCUUUUGUGUGAUGGAUAAAGACAGGGAAGGCUUGAUCAGUCGGGAUGAAAUCACCGCCUACUUCAUGAGGGCCAGUUCGAUCUAUUCCAAGCUGGGCCUCGGCUUUCCUCAUAACUUCCAGGAGACGACUUACUUAAAGCCCACCUUCUGUGACAACUGCGCUGGAUUUCUCUGGGGAGUGAUAAAGCAAGGUUAUCGGUGCAAAGAUUGCGGGAUGAACUGCCACAAACAAUGCAAGGAUCUGGUUGUGUUUGAGUGCAAGAAGAGAUCCAAGAGCCCAGCUUUGCCCGCAGAAAACAGCACCUCUGCAGGGCUGGCAUCUACCCUCUGCCCACUAGGAGUCAAAGAUGCACAACAUGGAUCUGAGGAAGGACCUUUCCUAGUGAAUGGGGAAACCAUGGAACACAACGAGGAGAGCAAAGAUCGAACAAUCAUGCUGAUGGGUGUGUCUGCUCAGAAGAUUUCUGUCAGGCUGAAACGGGCCAUGGCCCACAAGGGCACACAGACAGAGUCAGUCACUUGGGUUGGCCAUGAAGCCCCUAGCGGCUCGUUCUUGCUGUCUUCCCCAAGAAAGGGAGCCCAGGACACUCUGUAUCUACUUCCCAGCUCCAUGUCCCCCUGCCCCAGCCCAGUCUUGGUCCGCAAGCGGGCCUUUGUGAAGUGGGAGAACAAGGAAUCCAUCACGAAAUCCAAGGAGGACCUCCGACACCUCCGACUCCCCACCUACCAGGAUCUGGAGCAGGAAAUAAAUACUCUGAAGGCAGACAACGAAGUUCUAAGGACUGAACUAAGGUUUGCUCAGAAGAAGAUUGAGUCUCUCAGGCUUGAAAGAGGCAACAACCAUGUCCUGAGCCGUAGAGAACAUCAAGACUGCUCCUAGCCCUGAAGCUAGGAGAGCAUAGGAGCAUCAUGGAGAAGGGUAGACCUCGACUUUCUCCAGAGCUGCCAAGCACAAGGGAAUGGGGAAAAUGUUGGGAUUUAGAGAGAGGUACUCUAUUUAAAAUAUAUGCCCUAUUUUCUUUUUUUGGAAGAGG